AUGGUUGAAAAAGAUCCACAGAUAAGCGCUCUUGAAGUUGGUGAAUUGGACUUAUUUGUCCAAAGUAUAGAACCAUGGCGCAUAGAAAGCAUUGGCAAUCAAUCAUGGCUAGAUUGGCAUAUCCGAUUGCAAAAAUUAAACCAACAAGCCGUCCUAGAAGCUUCGUCUAUGCAAGAGGAAUUAACUAAGGAGACGUUAAUUUCUCAUGGAAAGCUACCCGUUUUAGUACAGGAGGCAAUCUGUAUUCAAGUUUGGCGGACGAAAGUAUAUCCACAGAUAAUGAAAAUGGAACCGGCUCCUGAAAAUACUUUUGGUAUUUAUAUGGUGUUGUAUCAUGAAGCAGCUGCUGUUGGGUUGCUAGAAACUGUACUUUUCCAUGAAGAUGGGGCACAAUGUAUUUCAGAAGUCGUAAUAGACUUAUUACAUUACGCUGUCGACCAACUCACUGCGCUUAUUGCUCUUGUUAACAAUGGUUACUUAAAACCACAAACUGCUAAAGAAAUGGAGGCUGAGACAGCAGCUGAAGAGCUGGAGAGACAACGACGCGAUCUGCAAUUUGAUAUCAGCAUGAGAUGUAUUUCCAUUGUUCGUUAUUUGGCUGAACAUAUGGAAGUAGCAGGAGUUGGUCCAUCCAUAUCGACAAACUUAUACAAAACGUACGAUGUCCCAUCGAUACUCUGUCACUUGAUAAAUUUGCAACCUUGGAAGAAAGUUGGUGAUUCUGGGGACGUGCAAAUGUUUCAUUUUGGUCGUUGGUCCAAACCAUCUUCGGAAGAUUUAUCGCAAAUGCAUCGAAGCGAGGCCCAGCUUUGGUUGUGUCUACGUCAACUACUUUUGGAACCUCGUCUUCAGCAUCAUUACACAAUCGAUGAGUGUCGGCGUGCUGCUUUUUGUUCUCUGCAAGCGAAGAUAUCCGAUACUAUGUUGGACCAAGUGCUGCCGUUAGGAGAACUUAAGAUGUUUUUAUGUAGGCUAGCUGUAGGAGAUUACUCCAGCCUCCAUAAUCGUUCUAACGGUGUAAAGAACCCAGGUUGUACUUUAAUUGAAGUCGUUCCACAGAUAAAAGAUGCGUACAUGAAACAAGUGCAUAAACGUACCAAAUCUAUUGCCAAAUCUCAAUUGGAUCAUUUCCGUAUGGAUGGAUCUGAGGAAACAAAAAAUAUGGCUAAGAAACUCUUAGAAUCUUAUACAAGCGAUGCUGCUCUCGCUCUAGAUGGUGGUGGAGCAAAGUGUGCUAAAUGCGGUGAUAAAGCGAGCAAGAAAUGCUCUCGAUGCAAGACUGAAUGGUAUUGUGGCAGAGAGUGCCAAGUCCAACAGUGGCCAAAACAUAAAGAGCUGUGUGAUCAAUUCUCGAAACUUUGCAUGUAGCUUUUUUAUUAAAUAAAACAAAUAGAUAUUUUUUUGGGAUUUUAUUUAAAUCAUUACACCUAAAGAUUAGCUUGAAGACUUCAAGUAGUCCUUAAGCACAUCUAACGCGGGAGUUUCUUCA